ACCUGCUCCCGCCUCCGACGCGUUUUUCUCCUCCUCUCAUGUGCCUGGCCGCCCUCACCUAAACCUCCUCCUCCUCCCGACGGCCAUCCAUCCGCUGUAUAUUACCACCGUUACGACCCGUACAGCGAGCCCCGAAAUUCAAUCCGCGUUACUUCCCGUGUACCUCCCACCACUCACCUCACGCCCCGAGCACGACACCCUGAACGCCCGCCUUGCACAUUUGUAGUUUCCGCCGCACCAUGACUGACACCUACGACCCGCCGUACACAACACCAGAGGAAGACCCAUUCAAUGUCGUGCCCGCCCGGGUACAGCCGCGCCGCAAGCGCUCGAGCAUGCUCGACAAGUGGAUCAACGAGCAGCAGCGCACUCACUCCGUCCGCGGGCGCAACAUCCUCGACCUCACCGACGACCGUACACCCUCACCAGCUCCGCACGCCGACGCCUACUUCCCCUACCCCGGCGCCGCGGGCCACCUCGCACCACAUGCUGCCUCCCGCGUGACCGUCGACAGCUACGACAUGGUCGAGGACGAGGAUAUCGUUAACGAACUGGCUUCAAUGCGCGUCUCCUCUGACUGCGAGUCUCCACCUAGACCCAACAGCCCGCGCCCCCGGAACUCAAAACUCCUCCACUCACCCAGCGCGUCCUUCCGCAGCUUCCACUUCCCGUUCCGCAAUUCCCACUCGCCCGCACCUGGAUCAAGCACGAGCCCUCCUUCCACCCCGUCACGCCGGUCGCUGUUCUCUCGCAUGCCUAGCGGAGGUGGCCCGUCAACACGAUUCCCGAGUACUGUCGCACGCGAUAGCCAUAAGCGUUCCGCUAGCGCGUCAGUAGCUGAAGUGCCUAGUCCGCCUACGAACUUUAUGGCGCCAUCAUUGUCAAAGGCACGGCCUAGCGUCCUCGGUCACUUCCCUUCAGCAUCUCAGGUCUCCGUCCCACCCUCUGACACUGCGUAUACGCCCUCGCGGCCGAGCAUGUCCUCGCACACGACCUGUACGUCUACAGCUCCAACGUCCGAAGAUGAAGCCACGCCUAUGAAGGCUUUCUUCGUCGACUCUGUUCGCGUGCGCUCCAAAUCUCACGGUGCCAGCUCCAUCAUGUCCUUCUCCGGGUGGUCGCAGGGCCCUGAGUCGCCACCUACGAUCGGAGACGCACCCUCAGAGCGCACGGAACGCUACUCAUCCAUGUCGCAACGCUCCGGCUCGACGCGCGGCGGGUCCGCUCGUGUACCAUUCGCACCCAAGUCGGUGUCCAGGCUGUCGAAUAGCGAAGUUCGGGAGGCCGCCAAGGAAGCGGCGACGUGCAUCCACCUACCCCAGGCGGAGGACGAUUUCAACAAACCUUACGUGAUAUACGGACCUAACUCAAGACCCUCUACCCUAUCCCGUGUGUCGUUUUCGAGACACAAAAAGAAGACUUUGGUGAUUAGCGGAAUCACGGCUGGCGACGUGAAGAGAUUCGAUGGUGUGAGGCGCUGGUGCGAGAGCUUUGGUUCCGUCAACCAAAUCCUGCGCAUGCCUAACGGCGACUUGCAUGUACAUUUCCAGUCCGGGGAGGUUGCCGAUACAGUGUGUCGACUGCGCGCCAAGGUAUUCAUCACUGGCGUAGGCAGCGUACAACUGUCCUUCCUCACCGGCGGCAAGUAAAUGGCUGUUCAUCUUGGUUUCUUGUUGCUGGCAGUGCCUGUCCUCUACCACUCACGUCACGUACAAAUUAUGCCUCCCUUUAUGUUCCACUGAAGAUACGCCCCAUUAUGCCAUUUAUGCCCCCACCCCCCUCUCAUGACACCUUAGUCGCCUUUUAAUCGACUAUCCACCGACCCAAACCCCUGCCCUACCUUACCCUCCUCUACCUCCACUUGCGAUUUUUCAUGGUCACCCACCCCCAUAAUUUCGCGCUUCUCUUCCUUUCCCUUUUUCCUUCGCCUUUCCUCUCCGCCAACCCCUUCGGUAAUCCGCCACCCUCCUUCGUCUUCGAGUACGCUACCUUUAUCACCCCUUCCUUUUCGCCCUUCACGAUAGAUAGUUACCCGUUGUCUGACGCCUCAUACCCCACAUAUCAUCAUCUCUCAUGCAUGCGGAGCACCUACGGACGCGCUCGUCUCGCCCGCACAUACACGCCUCGUGUCAUAGCAUUGGUUCCCGCAUCAUUCAUCCUCAUUCUGCACUGGCAUCGCAUAUACCCUUGCACUGGCGCUCUUCGCCUUUCGUGUGUCGCCGUGCAUCGUAUAUCCACACCGUGCAUCCGUAUAUCCACACGUGCAUCGUAUAUCCUCUUGCAUUGGUCCCUCUCGUGCAUACACUGUGACAUUACCAUCCUCUAGACUUCCAUUGCUCAUACUACGACACAUGUAUAUCCGUGUAACCUGGGACGGCGAUCCCGACGCAGGACCUAGGAUCUUUUGUACAAUAGCCGGCGUAAGACGUCGAGUAUAUAUUUAUUGUCAUCUUC